AGAGAGAGAGAGAGAGAGAGAGAGAGAGAGAGAGAGAGAGAGAGAGAGAAUAAGUGAGGAAACAAGAGAGAUAGUAAGGGAAUAAGAGACAGAAAUAAAACACCUGUACCAUUAGACAUUGCACUCAAUGCUGAUAUUCAGUAGCAGUGAGAUUAAUUAAGAAAAAGGAAGCAAAAAGGUGAGGAGGUGUUAGCAGCUUAAGAGACCGAACCUGAGGAGUGAAGUUAUUGACUCGACACAGUGGGCUGGUUGUCAACACAACAAUGGUUUAACUUCUGAACACCUGUAUACACGUCCAAACCAAGACCACCUUUGAAAGGGUUGAACACGUCUUUUCAGGUUGUCAUCACCCUCGCACCCAUCAUGGCUGACCCUGCGUGGUGGAAGCUCACUUUCCUGCGGAAGAAAAAGUCGGAGGCAAAGGUUUUGUAUGAGAUCCCUCCGGACCUCGGCGCCAACAAUGGAAAUAAAGAACUAGGCAACAAUGCCACAGACAGCAAUUUAGAUGCCAGGUUGGAAAAAAUUGUUGACAAAUCUGCCACAAAGGGCCGUCAUGUUAAAGUCUCCAAUUCUGGGCGGUUCAAAGAGAAGAAGAAGAUUCGAGCAACUCUGGCGGAAAAUCCCAGUCUAUUCCCUGAAUCUGCUCGGACAGACAAGAAUAACGUGGUUGAAAAUUAACAAAUAUUUCACAUUAAAUGGGACCAUAACGGUUUAUUUGUGCAAGACUUUCCGUCACUUUAUCCAAGCCACAAGGAGCUACUUAUGCAUGGAAUAAACUGAAACAACAAAUGUUUUAACAUUUUUGAAUGUCUUUAAAAUGUCAAAAAACUUAAAGAGAUAGUUUACCCAAAAUUGAAAAUUCUCUCAUUACUUUACUUAUUCUUGUGUUGUUUCAAACCUGUAUACAUUUUGAAGGAAAAUUCAUGAGCCCAGUUCACUUUCAUAGUAUAAUUUUUUUCUGUGGAAGAUGAUUGAUUUGGUUACUAACAUUCCUUAAAAUAUCUUCCUUCGUGUUCAUCAGAAAAAAGAAAUUUAUGCAGGUUUGUAACAAUAUGAGAGUUAGUAAAUGACAGAAUUUUCAUUUUUGGGUGAACUAUCCCUUUAAAGGGGUAUUUUCCACAGAGUAAUUUUGUGCUUAACUGUAAAUCACGAAACAUUGUAUUGUUAUGCUUAUUAAAUGUGAUAUUAUCACUGUCGGACAUAUAAAAGUCUUAAAGACAAAUCCAAAAUCUUCAAAUUUCAAAUGAACUUUUGCAUUGCACUUAUAGGAUGGUCAUAAAGUUGCAUGCACAUUUUUGCAUCCUGUGGGAAACAGAGUUUUGUUUAGAUUGCAUUCAAAUGGACUGCUGUGCCUUUUGAUUAUCACUUGAUGUGUUUUUUGUAUUAUUUUUUUAUGUUGUGAAAAUAGAUCUUGAUUCCUUUAUCUGCUUUUUAUUAGCUUACCAUAAAAGAGUUUCAAUUGGGGUGUGGACAUGUGAGAAACCAGAUAAGGCUAUAGCCUGAACCUCCAACUAGAACAACAUUUUCAAUUUGCCUGAUUUGUGCUGUCUAUUGUUUCCUGUAACCUGUGCGGGCUAUUGUUAAACAUCCCAAUAAAGAUAUUUUAUUGACA